GUUCUCAGCCAACUAGCCUUUUCUGUUUUGUGUCCAGGAAACUCUUGCUCAACUCUAGAUUUCAACUCCCUAUGCAGCAGCCAGUGCAGAAUUUGCCCACUUCUGUUUUCUCUUUCCAGUAAGUCUUUGAGGGGGAAUGCGGGAUAUUUUUCUUCCUGUUUUCUUCCUGUUCUGGUAUUUCCUGUUCUGCUUGUAGGCCAAGUCUACCCUUCAAUCAUUACCACGGGCUUUUCCCCAAAUGGUUCAAGGGUUUCCAAGGGAAUGAUAGAUUCGUGCCCAGGAAUACUCUUAUCUCUUUGGGGUGGGGUGGAAAUUGACCGCAGAGUUUGAUUUGUCAAGAACAGAAGUGUGAUAGGCUGCAACUGGAAGAAAAGGGAAGGAAGGCUUGUCUGUUGGGAAAAGAUUGAAUAUUUGAUCCAGAGGUUUUACAACCGACACGCCCAACAUCUAACACUAGAAUGACUUCUCCAGAUUUCAUCAGACGUGAUUGGGCGACUGUCCAUGGCUACCCCAUGGUUUAUGCCUUUACAACAAACUGGGAAAGGGUUGAGCAGUUCCAGUGCAGGCCAGAGGAUGUUUGGAUAAUCACUUAUCCCAAGUCUGGUACCACAUGGGUGAGUGAAAUCAUGGACUUAAUUAAAAACGAUGGGUCUGUUGAAAAACAGGAACAAAUCCCAAUUGUCCAACGAGUCCCGAUGAUGGAAUCAGCAGCUCCUGGGACGCUUCCCUCAGGUACAGAGAAUUUAGAAAAGAUGCCAUCUCCUCGGUUUGUGAAGAGUCACCUGCCAAUUGCCCUCCUUCCUAAGAAUUUCUGGGAGAGCGACUGUAAGAUAAUCUACGUGGCUCGGAAUGCCAAGGAUGUGGCAGUCUCCUAUUACAACUUUGACAGAAUGAACAAGUUCCACCCCGAGCCAGGCACAUUCGCCGAGUACCUGGAGAAAUUUAUGUCUGGCAAUGUGGCCUAUGGUUCCUGGUAUGAACAUGUCACAAGCUGGUGGGAGAAGAAGAAAGAUCACCCCAUACUCUAUCUGUUCUAUGAGGACAUAAAAGAGGACCCAAAGAGGGAAAUUCGGAAGAUAAUGGAAUUCCUAGGAAAGAAAUUGGAUGAAGAGGCCUUGGACAGAAUUGUCCAACUCACCUCCUUUGAAACAAUGAAAGAUAACUCCUUGGUGAAUUACAGGUUACUACCAACCACCUUGAUGGAUCAUAGUAUCUCUCCUUUUAUGCGCAAAGGGAUUGCUGGUGACUGGAAGAACUACUUCACUGUGGCACAAAAUGAGAAAUUUGAUGCAGAUUAUGAGAAAAAGAUGAGUGGAACAACUUUGAAGUUCCGAACUGAAAUCUAAAAAAAUACGGGUUGUUACGCAUAAAUAGAUUUGUUGCGAUUUCAUUUCAACAAAUAUCUCUAAUGAAAAGUUUUGUUUUCUUAAUCUAGAAAAUAAAAGCAACUACCUUGAUGGUUCAAAUAAGGGUGCUUGCAUAAGAGAAUGGAGCCAAAAAUUUGGGCAAUUUCUAAGAACACCAGCUCCUGUCCAAUUUCUGACCAAUAGUUUUUUUUUUAAUUUAAUUUAAUUCUUUUCAGUUAACACAUCUAUUUUCUCUCUAUCCCAUCUUGCUGUCU